AGCAACCGGAAGUAACGUGUCAACGUGAACUGGAUGACGUGGGUUUGUAGCUGCUUCUCGAACGCAGGUCUGAUGAGGAUUUUCCACAUUUGCAGUGUUUUUAUAGCUUCAUUGUUUCACGCCGUUCAGUGACAGUUUGGGGAAACUGAUCCGGUGUCACUGAACGAAUACAAAACGAAACUUUUUGUAUUAAUCUGUCGGUUUAAAUGCACAACAGCGGAAUAGAUAUGGCGAACAGCAGCUGAAGGGACCUGGUUUGAUCGAGGGUUUCCUCUGUGGUUUACUUCUCCUUCCUUCAAUACUCGUUUGGUUUAAACAUCAAGACUGAUUUCAGUUGAUUUACAGACUGUGUUUACAGACACAAAAGCUCCCUGAGUUUAGUGUUUUUCAAUUGGUGAGCGUUAGCUAUUAAUAUUAGUUAAAUAAGUGAGCUGUGAACAGUUGGGGAUCAUGGAUUUCGACAACGUGCUGUCCAUCGCCUCCCAAAACCAAGGUCUCAGCAACGUACCGAAGCGGUAUAGCUUGAAAACCGGUCCACCUAAGAAAGAUGUCAGAGUCAAAGGAGUUAAUUCAGCUGCGGUGCAGGCCUUCUUGAAAAAACAAGCUGUGGAGCAAAAGAAAAAAGAACUACAGAGUAAGAAAGCAAAAGAGGAAUUGUUGGCCAAAAGAGUGGAGCUGAAAUCAGACAGGAAGGCAAGAGCAAUGGCUUCGCGUACCAAGGACAAUUUCAGAGGUUACAAUGGCAUCCCUGUCAUAGAUCAGCCCAAAAGCAGGAGGUCGAAGGGGGAUAGAUCGGAAGAGCAGGAAAGUUUGAACCCUUAUGAUGAAGAUGAUGAUGGUGAUAAUUACUACUGUGAGGGAACAGAUUCUGAAUCUGAAGAACAAAGCAUGCCUGUCAAGCCUCCGUCUCGGGCUGAGUCCUCCAAAUUUGACAGCAAACCAAAAAAACCCAGUGCUCCAGGAAGGCCCCCAUCAGCAUCACUGAACUUUGCAGACCUAUUGAAACUUGCGGAAAAGAAGCAGUUUGAACCUGUUGAAAUUAAAGUAGUGAAGAAGACUGAAGAGAGGCUUAGAACAGCAGAGGAGAUUCGGGAACUCGAAAUGGAGCGCAGAGUUAAGAAUCAGGAUAGAGGGAAGGACGCCAGACCAGACAAGAAUUCAAGACACAAAUCCAGCUCAAAUUCACAAAAGAAAAAUGUAGACCGAGAUGGCAAAAAUGAGAAAUUGCCCAAGCCAUCAGUGGAAAAGUACCAGUCAAGUAGUACCAGCAAAAAGCCAAAACUUCAAGCAUUCAGUGAUAGAAAUCCAAGUUCUGCAAAGCUGCAUGGAGACAGAAAUUCAGGCUCCUCAAGUGCCUUAAAUGGUAAAGCUGCCAUGAAGAAUGGUGCGUCGUUUCAAUUGAAACAAACACCAACCAGACCCUCAUUAGGCCAUAGGCCCACAACCUCAAGUGACCUUAUCCCAAAGAAGGGGAGUAUCUCAGUACCUCAAGCAAAAUCAUGUAUUUCAGGAACUCGUGCAGGAGUUGCUCCUGGUGCAGCUAGACCAGGUCAAGAACCACCCAAAAACUUUGGGCAAGGUAGACCUAGUAACUCUGACAGGGGUGGGCAACCUCAGAAACAAGCAAAACCAGGACAUUUAACAUGGCCUGGGUGCAACAGACUUGCACAACCUUCUUCUGGUGAUCCCUCAAAGCAACCAAGACCAGGUGGUAGUUUGCAAGCUCAGCAGGUUCCUGGAAGCUCCAGGGGCUCCAUAAAUGGACCAAGCAGGUUGGGAGGUAGUGUUUCUGGGAGACCGUUAAAUGGCAUGGGCUCUGGCCCUGGAAGACCUCAGUGCACUGUUGUUUCAGAGACUAUUUCAUCAAAAAACUUUGCAUCGAGACCUGGGAUGGUUCCAAGACCUCUGGGGCCUCAAGGCCCCAAGACAUUGGUAGGACCCUCAGGCCACAGGAUCCUGGUUAGACCUCCUGGUAAGGGUUGCGGACCAGCGUUGCCCCCCAUAACAUCCAAUUAUAAACGGAAAUAUGAGGAUGAGGAAGAUUUUGACUCUGAGAUGGAUGACUUCAUCGACGAUGAAGGAGAAGACCAAGAUGAAAUUUCAAAACAUAUCAGGGAAAUCUUUGGCUAUGAUAAGUCCAAAUAUAAAGAUGAAAGCGACUAUGCGUUGAAGUUUAUGGAGAGCAGCUGGAAGGACCAGCAGAAAGAGGAAGCAAGGAGUUUACGCCUGGGCAUCAAGGAGGAUGAAGAGGAGAUGCGUAUGGAGGAGGAGGAGAUGAAAAAAAAACUAGCGAUGAAAGCGAAGCGGACAAAUUUUUAGUUUACUAUGCUUUGAUCUUGUCUUAUUUGGUUUGGAGGAACCAAGUGGAAUGGAAAUGCAUUCCUUGUGCCGCUGAUGUUGUUACACUAUUUAUUUGAUUGUUCAAGCCAUGGGAGCAGGUUUGCACUAUCAAGAGCCCAUCUGAUAAUCACAAUAGCAUUUUUUUGUAUGUGUAGAAACCAUGAAAGUAUUUUGAUGUGGAAGCCUUACAUCUCAAGCACCAACUUCUAGAUUGGUCCCGAUCUAGGGAGAGUUAUUUUAUUAUUUGUAUUAUUUAUUUGGUGAAAAAAGACCGAAGACUGCUAUCUUUCCAGUGUAUUUUUUGUUAAAGGGAUUUAACAGA